UAGUUUGUAGAGACUGACUACGACGACGCUAUGUAAUGUAAAUAAACAUAAAAAACUUGAAUUGGCUACCCUAGUCCCUAGGUCUAGAUUUAAAUUACAUUCUUUUCUUCCAAGUAGAUCUUUAUGUAAAACAUCGUCAAUUUACUUAAAACACCUCAACGGUCAUUCUACUAUUGUGUCGAUUCUCCUGCAUUAUGCCUCGCUCAAUCAUUUAUAGUGAGAAAUAUGGAACAUCAGGAAUUAGCAGCAUUUAUGUCAGAAAUUCAAAAGGUAGCAGUUCGCUUAUUGAGUUAAGUGAUGGUUUGGAGAGCCCCCCUCGGACAAACAUCUUUUCCCGAGCUGCAGAUCUAUUUACUGAAGUGUUCCUUCCUCAAGGGUUUCCUGUGAGUGUUCGUGACGACUACAUUAGCUACCAGAUCUGGGACACUGUCCAGGCAUUCUGCAGUACGAUAUCUGGCAUCCUGACGACACAUGCUGUAAUGAAGAGCGUAGGAGUGGGAGACGCAACUGCCACAGCCCUCAGUGCUACAAUCACGUGGGUGUUGAAAGAUGGAAUUGGAAUGAUUGGCAGAAUCAUUUUUGCCUGGUGGAAGGGGCACGCACUAGACACGGAUGCCAAAAAGUGGCGUUUGUUUGCCGACAUAGUCAACGACGCAGCUAUGUUCCUAGAACUUCUGUUGCUGCCGAUGUUUCCCCAACACCCGACGCAGGUGCUUUGUCUGACUACAUCAAUGAAAGGCAUUGUGGGAGUAGCAGGGGGCGCAAGCCGGGCUGCCAUCACACAACACCAUGCCAUCAGAGGCAACAACGGGGACGUGUCAGCUAAAGACGGCAGCCAGGAGACUUGUGUAAACCUCAUGGCUUCCACUGUGGGAAUGGCUCUUCUCACAUACACCGAGGAUGCAACGUCAGUGUGGCUGUUGUUCUCCGUUGUGACAUUGCUUCACCUGGUGGCCAACUAUAAGGCAGUAAGGUCGUUGGCUUUGGUCACCUUCAACAGUGAGAGACUUUGUUUGUAUCUACACAAGUACUUGACUACCGAGAACUCAUUCAGUCCACGACAAGUCAACCAAUGGGAGUCGGUGUUUGUUGGAUUUUCUUAUGGAGCCAAGGAUCUGUGUGGGUUUCACGUGAAGCUGGGCUGCAGCGUGAAACACUUGGUACAGUCUGGUGUGAUGACUAGUGAGGAGUUGCUGGUCGUGUCCAAUAUGUUCCGACACAGACUGUACCUGUUGUUGCCUCACCGUAGGACUCGCACAGUCUAUGUGCUGUUUGCCAGUGGUGCCACUACGCUGGACGUGCUGCAGGCUUACUUUCAUAGUGUGUUGGUAGCACUGACCAUUGCUCUAGUGGAUAAUGUUCCAAUUAAGAUCGACAGAGAAAUAAGCAAAAGCAAAAUCCUAACGAGUGUUGAGGCUGGAUUGAAGAAGCUGAACACUUCCAAGUUUGCGGGCUUUCCAAUAGAAGCGGUUUCUGUUACCAAUGAUAUUGUAGACAGAGAGUUCAAGAAGUUCCACCAAGGUAUUUUAAGUGGAGGUUGGAGCACAGACAGCCACAGUUUACUGGUAGAAGAAUGGAGGGGAAGUUGGCAUGAUUCAGGCUCCGCAGAACCAACUAAGGAUAAAUAAUGUUUUGUUGUUAUUAUUAAAUUUAAUUUCUUAUA